AUGUUAGGCAUAAAAGAGAUAAUAGCAGUAGAAAACCUAGAUCUAAGACUGUUAAUAAACAUUAGAACUUUAGUUGUUUCUAGGUUUUUGUUUUUAUUAGGUCAAUUGGGUAAAUCAUUUAUUCUCAACAGUAGAGGUUCAGAAUUGGGUAAUGAAAUAAGAAUGAAAACUUUGUCCUUCAUUAUGAAAAUCACUUCAUCAGUCAAUAAAGAGUCAUAUUGUUUUAGCAAAAGGAAUAAUUAUAAGAAUCUUUCAGUUAUCUGA